GUUCCUGCUUUUGGGUGGCAGUCCUGGAUGGCAACGUGGUGGGAAUUGUGGCAGCCCGGGGCAGCGAGGAUGACAAUACGGUGGAGCUGCGCCGCAUGUCUGUUGACUCGAGGUAUCGAGGCAAAGGCAUCGCCAAGGCCCUGGGUCGCAAGGUCCUGGAGUUUGCCAUGCUCAACAAUUACUCCUCUGUGGUGCUGGGUACUACGGCGGUCAAAGUGGCUGCCCACAAGCUGUAUGAGUCCCUGGGCUUCAAGCACAUGGGGGUUGUGGAGCACUACGUCCUCCCGGGGAUGACACACUCCCUGGUGGAGAAGAUGUUCUUUCAGCUCCGCUACCACCGCUAUCGCCUGCAAUUACGUGAGGAAUAAUGAUGACGCCCUUUCAACAGCCGGAAAAACCAAACCAAACCCUUCCCAACCCGACCGUUCUUACUCAGCCCAACCCAAUGAUUCUCCUUCCUGUUUUCCAAAUGCUUA